CCAAAACCACUCGAUUGCCAACCAGGACGGGAAACAAUCCCAUGGCUUGCUCACUGGGCCCACGGAAGUUCGGCAGGCUGCAGACAUCUGAAGCCAGGAAGGAACUGUCCCGUUUAUUUCUGGACCGACUGUAGGCCUGUUGACGAUAGAAUUCAACACUGCCCAACGGCCGCUCUGCGAAAAUCGAGUCGAGUCGCCCGAGUGAUUCGCAUUGCCCGGUCGGCCCUCGUCUGCGAUCGAUGCCCCUGGCUCGGCGCCCGCUUUCCUCGGCCGUCGCCACCUGGUCCGCACAAUCCCCCAUCUCAUCGUCCUUCGCCACCCCCCCUGGCAUUCCUCCUUCUCGCCCCUUCCUCGCACAUCUGCUUCCCUCGCCUCGCCCAGACCGCGUUUGCCGGCCAUGCCCAAAGACGCUGCCUCCCCCACUCGGUCGCCGACUCGCUCUUCCGCCAGCCCAUAUCCUCCCCGAUCCGAUCCCGGCUCCAGCUCCAGUUCCAGCCCCAAAGCCAAAACCAUGACCGCCGACUCGUCCCUCUCGAUCCAAGACAAGAUUGCUCGUGCCAAGGAGCACAAGGAAGCCGGGAAUGCGGCCUUCAAGGCCGGCGAUAUCCAGAGCGCCCUCAGAAGCUACCAUACGGCCAAUCUGUUCAUCACGGGCCUGGACAGCGGUCGCUAUGGUGCAUUGAUGCCCAACAAGGAGAAGCUCAGCGACGGCUUCCGCGCCGAAAUUGAAGCCAUUCAAGUGUCCUGUCACUCGAAUAUCGCAGCCUGCCAUUUCAAGCGACAAAACUGGACCAAGGUUAUUGCAAGCUGCGACAAGGUUCUGAGCAUGGACGAGAACAAUGCCAAGGCCUACUAUCGACGCGGCGCUGCGCUGCUCAACGAAGGCAACUUGGAUCGAGCCGAAGAAGAUCUCCGGAAGGCGCUGUCGCUGUCGCCCAAGGACUCGGCCGUCGUCCAGGAGCUGCACCGACUACGGGAGGAGCAGAAGAAGGCCGAGGAGAAGCAGAAGAAGGAGUUUGCAGGCAUGUUUGACCGCUCGGUCAAGAUCUGACCGCCCUGGGCCUGCACGUCUUGACAAGGGCAAUCUCGACUCUACCAUCCGCCAAUGACAGGACGAGGUACCCUGAGAUGACCGGGUGCUCGUUGCUGUUUGCAUCACAGGAAUAGAGACGCCCGUCAACCGCUAUCCAUCGUUGCAGCAUGUGGGCCGCCUUGAUCGACCCGAGCAGGUCAUUGUCGACGAUGGAUGCGUGUGUAUUGCCAUUCAAAACG